GUCAGACAAUCAGACAGGGGCUUUCUUCUAUUGUUUCUCUAAUGGCGCCCAAGAAACGAAGCGACAAGCAGCAAGGCCCAGCGAAGCCCGAGUUGCAGGCGAGGGUGACUCGGAGCUCGGCCAAGCGAGCGGCCAAAGCUGGCCCGGCUGAGUCGGAGCCCGAGUUGCUGAAGAAGAAGAAGACGAAUAAGGCUGCGAAGAAGGAAGAAGAGCACGAGGAGAAAAACUCAGCGCCGAACUCGAAGACCGUCGUGAUUGAGCAGCCGGAACCUGAGUUGCCGAAGAGGAAGGCCAAGAAGGUUGAGAAGAAGGAAGAAGAGCUAGAGGAAGUAAACUCGGACACGACCGCGAAGACCAUCGUGAUUGAGCACUGCAAACAAUGCAAUUCAUUCAAAACAAGGGCUAUACAGGUGAAAGAAGGUUUGGAGAAAAGUGUUGCUGGUAUCACAGUGCUGGUCAAUCCUGAGAAGCCGAGAAGGGGGUGCUUUGAAAUACGGGAGGAUGGUGGUGAGAAGUUCAUCAGUCUUGUGGACAUGAAGCGACCAUUUGCGCCAAUGAAGGCUCUGGACAUGGAAAAAGUCAUAUAUGAUAUUGUUGAUGGGAUCAAAUGAUGACUAACCAUUUGCAAGCUUGGAAACUUUGGAGGGAUGGAACACCCUUGGAUUUGGUGGAUCCAACAUUGGGAGACUCUUAUUCGAGAGAUGAAGUCAUUAAAUGUCUUCAUAUUGGCUUACUAUCUAUACAGAAUGAUCCAGUUGAUAGGCCAACAAUAAAAUCCAUUGUUCUCAUGCUAAACAGCUACUUAGUUCCUCUGCCAUCAGCUAAAGAAGUAAAGAACCAGCAUAUUUAUUUAGAAGUGUAGGAGAGCAAAACAUGCAAUCAAAUGAGACAAAGUCAGAUGAAUCUAGAAGCAAAUCACUGCCCAUGUCUGUCGAUGAAGCAUCAUAGUAAGAGUUUAAGAGUCUUUCAGUUGUUUUGCAGUAGGAGUAAGUUGUAAGUCUAUAUAAGUACAGUUUAUGAAUAUAAUUGAUAGAAAGAAGUUUAUUUUCAAAUAUAUAUUUGAAGGAGGUUCAGGUUCACUUUAAGUAGCCUACCCAAAUCUCUUAAUAGUAUGUAAUUAUUGGCUCCUAUAAGACUAUCUCCAUGUUA